CAGUUACAGAUUCAACGUAUUUUUAUAUUUGUCGCUGACGGGUGACGGCCGACGACUGAUAGCUUAUCAACAACUGCAACUGGUAGCCAAUGAGGGAAAAACAUAACCAAAAUCGUGUAUAUAAAUAAACCUCAAUUACAAACAAUGGACAUUAAUAAUUUAACCGCGAAAAUGAGCUUAGAGGACGGCGCCUCCCCUGCUAAAUCUAGAAAGAGAGAAGGUUGUUUAAAAUGGGAAGAGUUUUUUAUGGCGAACGCAGUACUAGCUGCACAGCGCAGCAAAGAUCCGGAAUGUCAGGUCGGAGCGUGUAUUGUGAACUCUGCGAAGAGAAUAGUUGGUGUUGGAUAUAAUGGCAUGCCUAAUGGUUGCUCCGACGACAUUUUUGAAUGGAAGAAAGAUCUCAAACAAUUGUAUGUUUGCCAUGCAGAAAUGAAUGCCAUUCUCAACAAGAACGUGAUUGAUGUAAAGGGGUGCGAUCUAUACGUCACCCGGUUCCCUUGCAACGAAUGUGCUAAAGUGAUCAUCCAAUCCGGUAUCUCGACGAUUUAUUUUCUCGAAGAUAAACACCCAGAAAGGCAAAUGUAUGUCGCUGCCAAAAAGAUGUUUGUAGCUGCUGGUGUGGCAGUGCGACAAUUCACAACCGACCGCAAGGAAAACAUCGAAAUUAGAUUAAGAAUUAGCCCUAAACCACAGCCUGAACCACAGUCUGAAUCACAGCCUGAAUCACAGGCUGGAAGCACAGCCUGAACCCAAUGUUUGAUAUAAUUUUAUUUGUUCGUACAGUCAACCAAGUUAUUUGGUAUACAAGCGAGAAGAUUAAGGUUGAUUCAGUACAGACAGAGACCGCUGUUGCUAUUCUAAAUUUUAUACUUGUUGAAGAAGCUACUUAAACAAAAAGGAGGAGGUACUAUGUUCGGAUGUUUACUAUUUUAUUUUUAUCACUUACUUUCCAAGCAAUGGUGACUGUGUCUAUACUGAAUCUUUCCUUACCUGUACACCAAAUAGCUUAGCCGACUGUACAUAGAAGGUGCUAUACGUAUUUUUAUACAUGUGAUAUUUUAACGUGGUUACGUUUCACCAUUCUCCAGUUCGACGUUUCUUGUUUCUAGUCACCGUGACCAUUUUAUUUUAACUUAAAUAUUAUCUAAAAAACCGAAUUUGUAUCUUAUUUGUUUCAUAUUUUAAUACAUUUAGGUCAAAAUAUAAAUGGUGACGGUAAUUACAAACGUCAAACUGUUGAAUGGCCGUUUAUAUUGACGAUUUCAGAAGCUAGUGAAUGAAACAGAAAUGUAAAUAAAUUUGUAAAAUAAAAUUUUAUUACUUUAUGUACAAGAUGACACGGGUACAGAUACUCCGAUCACACCACUUGAAUACAAUUAAAAUCAACAAUCAAAUGUGAUUUAUUAUAACUUAAUUGAACAUAUUUUGUGUAAAAUAAACAUCAACUACAUCCACUGAAUAAAAUACAUUUGUAUAUUAAUGAAAUAAAUUAAAAAUAGAAAGGAAUAAAAGUUUUUUAUUCAGAUCUUGCCUACAAUGUGUAGGUGCAAAUGUUGCCGAGCGUCUGUAUCCUAUAAUAAUAUAUUAAGCUGAACAUUUCAUUCAGUGAAUGUUGUCUUGGAAAUGAACUGAUCAAGUGUGUUCAACACAACAUAAGUGCAUGUAUUGUUACAAUUUGGAGUAUUCAAUUAUAUAAUUAUUGUCCAAACUUUACACAUAUCUACAAAAAAAGAAAAAAAUAAACUAAUUCCAAUGCAA